AUGAUGAACGUUUUCUACAAAAAAAAAGCUCGAGCGGGCUUUGUGCCUGGGGCUCGAGAUUGGGAGGUGUGAUGACCGAGUUAAGUCCUUCCUUCCCAUUUUCCUCCCCUGCUCUCUCUCCCCUCCUUUCCUCCCUUCCUUUUCGGAGGUCGACUUUUCUUUCAGAAGCUGACUGUCUUGAAACUUGUUGCGCAGUGGAAGGCUGCGCACCUCUCCCUCUCUCUACUUUGUGCAGUAGCGGUUUUCGUUCUUGGAUGGAUCGGCAAGCCGGGUCGAUCGUCGUUGCGUUGGAGGCUUUGUGAAGUUCUCCCCUCUCUUUCCCCCCCUUUCUCCCUUCUCUUCCUCAUCUCGUUCCUGUUGCUCGGUUGUUGACUACGCUUCAGCCACUUCUCCUUUUAUUCCUAAGCCGUGUGUUGGAUUCCGUCGAAUAGAUCGUUCGUUCGCGUUGGUCAAGAUCUACGGCAUGGAUCGGGAAGAAAGGUCGCUCGUUUUUUUGGUCAAUAUCCUCGCGUCAAGGCGAGGCUCGUUUCGUUGUAUUGGAUCGUUUUCGUUCGGCCCCGACGGCUCAACAGCCAGCACUCGAGACUCAGCCAAGGGAGGACAUCAGGCGCUGUCGGGGUGACGAGUAG